GAACAAAAAAUGCUGGUCGUGAUUUCCGUACGACCCAUUUAGAAGUAGCGGUCUUAUGACAUUAUCUCGAAAUGUCUUGUCAGUUAUUGUAGACUACUACAGAUAAAAAUAUUCGGAGGGUUAGUUAUUCGUAUUUUUUGUGUAUAAGCAGUUAGAUUCUCUCGGUUUUUAGGAGAAGGUGUUUGAAGAUAGCGAGUCUAGUGACAGACUGAUCCACAUGAGCGUCUGCUACAGUGCUGCAGAUAUUCACGUGCACGGACUCAAAUACUUUAAACAUUACAAACCAUAAACAUUCGGACAAGCAAUACAGCUGUUAGGGAUGGAGCUGCAGGCGGUGCUGAUGGCAGCAGGUGGAGGCUCCAGGAUGAUGGAUCUCACCUAUAACACCCCCAAACCUCUGCUACCUGUGGGCAACAGACCCCUCAUCUGGUACCCACUCAACCUGCUGGAGAGAGUGGGCUUUGAAGAGGUGAUUGUCAUUACCACUAAAGAGGUUCAGAAGGCCCUGAGCGCCGAUCAUCGCCUGAAGACAGAUGUUAAGAUGAGGUUGGAUGUUGUAUGUAUUCAGGAGGAAGCUGACAUGGGCACUGCAGAUGCCCUUCGACACAUACAGCAAAAGAUCAAGACAGACAUCUUGGUGGUGAGCUGUGAUUUGAUAACGGAUGUGGCUCUGCAUGAAGUUGUGGACCUCUUUCGUGCACACAGCGCCACUCUUUCGAUGCUCAUGAGUAAAGUGCAUGAAUUCACAGAGACUGUCCCUGGCCAAAAGGGCAAGAAGAAAGCAGGAGAGCAGCGGGACUUUGUAGGCGUGGACGUCACAGGGAAGAGGCUUCUGUUCAUGGCCAAUGAGGCAGACCUGGACGAAGGCCUUGUUUUCCGGAAGUCUAUUAUGCGCAAACAUCCCAGAAUGCUCAUCAAGACCGGCCUGCUGGAUGCCCACCUGUACUGCCUGAAGAGAUCUGUGGUUGAUUUCUUAGUACACAACAAGUCUGUCACCUCAAUCAGAGGAGAAUUAGUGCCGUAUUUGGUGCGCAAGCAAUUUUCCAAAUCUUUAAACUCCCAAAAUGAAACAGAGGAUUCGGAGAAGAAUCAAAAACAACAGGAUGCUCACCACAAUUUGGAGCUCCUCAGCACCAGUAAAGAUGAGGCGCUGCUCCAGCUUGCCCGGGAGAGGUCAUGUUGGAACGAUCACCGUGGAGACAUGAGCGAGGCCUACCAUGGCGGAAAGCUACGCUGUUAUGUUCACAUAAUGGAGGAGGGCAUGUGUUACCGUGUGAACACGCUCGCGGCUUACAUAGAGGCCAAUCGUGUGGUUCCAAAGCUGUUUGAGGACCCUCCGAUCCAUCCAGGUGCUUUGGUCUCAGAACGCUCCUUGGUUGGAAGUGACAGCAUUAUUGGGCCAUUGUGUCAGAUAUCAGACAGGACAUCCAUCAAGCGCUCGAAUGUUGGCAUGUCAACUACAAUCAAGGAGAAGGUGAAGAUCACCAACUCCAUCAUCAUGAACGGAGUCAUUAUUGAAGAAGGGUGUAACAUUCAAGGUAGUGUGAUCUGCAACAAUGCAGUGAUUGGACGUGGAGCCGACAUCAAGUACUGUCUGGUGGGAAGCGGCCAGCACGUAGAGCCAGAGGCUGAAAGAACCAAUGAGGUCAUCGUUGGAUCAGACCAACUCAUGGAGAUCUAGAACCUCUGGUGGAGAUGGAUCACAGGCACGAAGACAACCAGAUAAACCUGCUUCCAUGUGCAUAUCCCCUGCACAGGAUCCAUUUUUUAUGUGUCCAAAUAAAAAUGGAUUUAUUUAUCUCAA